UACAUUUCAUAUCAGACGACUAAAAGCAUUAUAAUUAAAAACCUAAGCAAUCAUCUAUAUAUAGAAUGUCAUUUGUCCCUAUUGGAUAUCACAUUCCAUAUGGGUUUUUCAUAUUUCAUAAUAUUAAUUAACAUGCAUGUACAUGAUACAUGUAUAUGUUUAGAUCUAUAGAAGGUAAUCUAUAUAUAAGAUUAUCUUCCAUAAAAGAUCAGAUACCCUUCCAUGUCAGGUCAUGAGUCAUACAUAUUUCUCUCUUAUCUUCAUGUAUAUAUAAAUCUCUGUGCCAACAAAUUGAUAAAUCCAAUCAACAAACACCAACAAAUUGAUCUCACCAAACCUUGACCUUUUCUCAUCCUAACUUUGUUGUUUCUCCUUAUAGAAUUUCCAAUGGGUGCUAUAGCAGAUCCCUAUAGAGCUCAUCUCCAUCAUAUCAUCCCUAUCGACUUUAAUUCAGUCCAGAAAUUGCCUGAAUCUCAUGUAUGGCAUGAUAAAUCUCACGAAUCUUUGUUCGGGGUCCCCUCCGCCGACCCGUUACCGGUACCUGUCAUCGACCUCAUGGACUCGGAGGCUUCAAGUCUCAUGAUCCAGGCAUGUGAGACAUGGGGUAUUUUUCAGGUGAUAGGCCAUGGCCUUACAAAGUUUAUGGAGGAUGUGGAGUCUGAAGCUGAAAAAUUGUUUGGUCUCCCUGUUGACCAAAAACUGAAAGCCCUAAGAUCUCCAGGUGGGGCCACUGGGUACGGUCGUCCUCAUAUAUCGCCAUUUUUUGACAGACAUAUGUGGCAGGAAGGGUUUACCAUCAUGGGGUCUCCAAUCGAUCAUGCUAAGCAACUUUGGCCCCAAGACUAUCAAGGCUUUUGUGACACAAUAGAUGAUUACCAGAACCAAAUGAAGGCUUUAGCAGAGAAAAUAAUCCGCAUUUUCUUCAAAUCCUUGAACAUUAAUUUUGAGGAACUGAAUUGGCUUAAUGACAGUGGGUUAAGUAGUCCAGGUACUGCUUUGCAACUAAACUCCUACCCCCCCUGCCCCGAUCCGACCCGAGCCAUGGGCAUGGCAGCACACACAGACACAUCCCUUGUCACCAUUGUCCAACAAUCCAAAACCAGCGGCCUCCAAGUCUUCAAAGAUGGAGUCGGGUGGGUUCUGGUGCAACCAGUACCUGGUGCCCUAACAGUUAACCUUGGUGACUAUCUCCACAUUCUCUCCAAUGGCAUGUAUACAAAUGUUCUUCAUCGUGCGGUGGUGAACCAGCAGAUCCAACGGUUUUCCAUGGCCUACUUUUAUGCUCCCCCAAGAGAUUUUACAGUUUCCCCGGUUCUCUCUAGGGUUACGGGACAAAUGCCCAAGUACCGUUCACUCACAGUAAAGGAGUAUGUUGACCUCAAGGGCAAGCAUCUUGAAAAGGCACUGUCUUUGAUUCAAAUUUAGUCAUGUGGAUCUAGGGUUUCUAGGUCAAAUUAGUACGCAGCCUUUCAUUUCUCUAUUAGCCAUACAAGUAUGCAUGCUGCUGAUUAAUCUUGUUUACAUUUCAUAACAACUUUGAUUUGAGGGAGGCUAAUUUAUUAGAAGUUUUCCUUCGCUCUCUAUCAUACACAGAUUGGAGAGAUAUUUCAAUGUGAUCGGAACACGAGGUGGUACACCACGUGUCCUUAUGGUGAGGUUUUUGUGUAAAAAAGUAAUAACAUUCUACCACUUAUAUAACAGCAUGUGGUGUACCAUUUGUAUUACAGGCA